AUGAGAAACCACACAGUAAUAACAACUUUCAUCUUGCUGGGACUGACAGAUGACCCACAACUGCAAGUUCUGCUUUUCUUCUUUCUAUUUCUCACCUACAUGUUGAGUAUAACAGGGAAUCUGACUAUUAUCACCCUCACAUUGGUGGACCUCCACCUUAACACUCCUAUGUACUUUUUCCUCAGAAAUUUUUCCUUCUUAGAAAUCUCAUUUACCACAGUCUGUAUUCCUAGGUUCUUGUAUAGUAUAUCAACUGGGGACAAUACCAUUACCUACAAUGCUUGUGCAAGUCAAAUAUUCUUUGUUAUUCUCUUUGGAGGAACGGAGUUUUUUCUCUUGGCUGCCAUGUCCUAUGACCGCUACGUGGCCAUCUGUAAACCCCUGCAUUACAUGACCAUCAUGAACAACAAGGUGUGCACCUUAUUAGUCCUCUGCUGUUGGGUGGCUGGCUUGCUGAUCAUUGUCCCACCUCUUAGCUUGGGCCUCCAGCUUGAAUUCUGUGACUCUAAUGCCAUUGAUCAUUUUAGCUGUGAUGCAGGUCCCCUUCUAAAGAUCUCGUGCUCAGAUACAUGGGUAAUAGAACAGAUGGUUAUACUCGUGGCUGUAUUUGCACUCAUUAUCACCCUAGUCUGUGUGAUUCUGUCCUACUCAUACAUAAUGAGAACAAUUCUGAGAUUCCCCUCUAUUCAGCAAAGAAAAAAGGCCUUUUCCACCUGCUCAUCCCACAUGAUUGUGGUUUCCAUUGCCUAUGGAAGCUGCAUCUUCAUCUACGUCAAGCCCUCAGCAAAGAAUGAGGUGGCCAUAAAUAAAGGAGUUUCAGUUCUCACUACUUCUGUUGCACCCCUGUUGAACCCCUUCAUUUACUCCUUGAGAAACAAGCAAGUGAAACAAGCUUUCAAUGACUCUCUAAAGAGGAUUGUACUUUUUUUAAGAAGUAGAAAUUUUGAUGAAUCAAACUAA